ACUGACAGACUACAGAAGUACAGAGACUACAGACUACGGAGUACAGUUUCUUUCCAGAUCGCGGGCCGGACUCAUCUCUAGAAACACAAACCUCUCGGCUAUAUUAUACAAAGUAUAAACGUUAUAAGUAUUUACUAUCUGUCUUCCACGAUGAAAGCGACGGAUAAACAUAAAACAACAAGCAAAAAAGGAUGAUAAAUAAUUGUGUGGUGGACGGAAUGGCCGAACGGACUACAGUGUCAGUUCCGACGCGUAGCGUCACCGGUUCGAAUUUCGACACGGGAUGCUUUUCUCUCUGGGCAGAAGAAGAAGAUGCGAAUGAAGAUGCGGGCUUCAACAAUAUAUGGAAAUUUGGAAUUUUCACCGCAAUAAUAAUUGCAAUAAUUAUUUUAAUUAUUGUACUCAUAAAGUUAUUCUUAAACCAGCAGCAGCUAAUUAAUAAAUGGGAAUUUCCCAUUGAAAAUUUAACGUUUGGAAAAUGCCUUGGAGAAGGCGCCUUUGGUGUUGCCGUAAUGGCAACAGCAAUUGGAUUAAUAAAUAAAAAUGUUGAAACCAAAGUUGCUGUUAAAAUGUUAAAAGAUGAUCAUCGUAAUUAUGAAGAUAUAUUGGAUUUUAAGUCGGAAAUCGAUUUCAUGAAAAAAAUGGGGAACCAUAAUAAUAUCACUACCAUAUUGGGCAGUUACGAACAAGACGGAUCCCCGUGUGCCAUUAUUGAAUUCGCUUCCAAAGGUAACAUCUUGAAUUUUUUGAAUUCAAUGAACCCACGAGCUUCUGAAAAAGAAUUACUAUUAUACGCCAAUCAAGUGGCACAAGGGAUGGAGUAUAUGCACGACAAAAAUCUUAUCCAUAGAGACCUAGCUGGUAGAAAUAUCUUAGUAACCGAAAAACAUAAUAAGAUAAUAAUGAAAAUUGCUGAUUUCGGACUAGCAAGGGAUAUUGGAAAGGAAGGUUACUAUAUAGAAGAUCGGCAUGCAUUAAAUCCACGUUGGAUAGCCCCUGAAUCAGUUAACGACAAUAUAUUCACAUUCAAAUCCGAUGUUUGGACAUACGGAGUAUUAUUAUGGGAGAUUUUCACAUAUGGAAAGGCACCUGAUUAUAUUCCCCUCAGCCACUUAUCAGCAGGAAAGCGAUUGGACCAACCACUUGACUGUUCUGCCGUAAUUUACAUGAUUAUGUUAAGUUGUUGGGAUAUUAUACCGGAAAAAAGACCGACAUUCCAAGAACUGGUGAAGAGGAUCGAACAGAUACUGUCAUCCAGUCGAGAAUAUUUGAAACUAGUAUGGUGAACACGAUGUCUUACAUCCGAGAGUAGUCUCCAUGUUCUAAUAUUAUAUAAUACCUAUUUCUAUACUUCAAUAAAUACACGGGAUAACUAAUAACAACAAGCCAUACGGGAUGUAGGAUGAUUCAAUAUACAUAAUUAUACGCACUCCUUAUAUAGGUACACACGCGACACACGCAGCACUUAAAUAAUAAUCCAUAGCAAGAAAUACAGUAAAAAUAACACAAUAUAAAUAACAAGCAGUACCUUUGUCAAACCGCACUAAAUAAAAUCAUAAACACAUCAAUACUUUAACAUUGCGUAUUAAUCAAUGCAUAUCAAAAGAAGCGAUUACAAAAAAAUCAUUUUAUAUAAGGAUCAUACAGAAUCAACUUUUUCCCUGUCUUUUUCACAAGGUCGUCAUGCACAACGUCCACGCCAACCAAUCUCUCAAAAGAAGCCUCAAAACACAUCGUCCACCCCAGUAUUAUGCACUUCCACAAUAUUUUUGCCAUUCAAAGCGAUUGCGUUCUUAAUAUAUAUAAUAUAAUACAUAUCAGUGGUUUCCAACCUUUUUCAUUCUACGCCCCCUUGUAGAUUUACUAAAAUCUCACCCCCUCCCCCUUAAAUUAGAGUUUUUUUUUUUUUAUUUGAGUAAUAAUACAAUCUAUACAACAAAUGUGCACAUUAAUUAGAUGAGAUAAAAGAAUACAAAACAAGUAACAAUGAAUAUUAUGAUUUUGGGGAAUUACAAACUGGUAACACUCAGAAAAUUAGAGUUAAAUUGAAUUUUUUCGGUAAAAAAAAAAAAAUAAAAACAAAACAAAAAAAACAACUAUUUACUUUUAUUAUUUUCAUCAUUUUAAAAAUCUAUUAUAAAUCAAUAAUAUUAAGUACUUAUAAUAAACAAAAAUAUUAAUAUAAAAUAUAAAAAAAUAUAAGUAAAUUUAAGUUUAGUGAUUUCAAUUUUACACACUGUAAAAUAACAUAAUUAUUUUCGUAAUUCCAUCAUAACUAUAUUCCUCCGAGCAGAAGUCCUGCCCGGUUGGGAACCGCUGAUAUAUAUGGCAUAAAACUAAUGCCUCUGAGGCGUCGAUAAAAAACAAUACAUAUGAUAUAUCAGAUUGCUUUAUCAACGGAUUUUCAUUAAGCUGAUAACAGUUCAAUAAAAAAAAAUUAAAAAAUAAAAUAUAUGUAUGUAUAUUGAGUUAUUCUAACAUUCGGUAAGACUGUGUUAUUAAUUAUCUCGGAUUACCGAACAAAA